UUUCAUAACCAAACUUGAUUGUGGAAUAAUAAAUAAAAUAAUGAUAAAAAUUUAUAAUAAAAGAUUAAAUAAAAUAAGAACUAGGAAUUAAAUUUGUAAAUUGUCAUUAAAAUGGCAGCGGAAUGGCUAAAUGAUUUUAAUCAACGUCCAUUAUGUUCAACUGAUUUACCACAUGGAAUGCGAAAUUAUGAUCACGAUGCUUUGUCAUUUGAGCAAAAGGAAAAGUUAAAUUCCAUGAAAGUUGAUCAAAGAAAACAAAAUGAAUCGUAUCUUUAUAAACAUCCAGAAAUAAAAGGUCUCGUAACAAUUUUAUUGAGACAUAUAUUAAUAAAAAUGCCAUCAAUGAACCUUCAUGAAAUUGUUGGUAAUUUUUUUUCAAGACCACAUUUCAUUAUUGUAAAAGAACUAUUGACAUAUUUGGAAGAAACAUAUUGUACAGGUCCAAUAAUUGAUCAUUUACGAUCAUUUAAAUUUGUUGACGAUAAGGAAUCAUCUAAAAAUAAUAAUAUUCAAAUUUCCAAUGAAAAUUAUUUCUCCAAUGAACAUUGUUAUUGUGAUGAAAAUUCUUUCGAAAUUGUGAAUUCCAAUGAAAAUUUGUUCGUUGAUAAAAAUUGUUUUUCUGGUGAAAAUUCUUUUGAAAACUUGUUUUUCCAAUGAUGACGCUGAGAAUAAUUUUGACUAAAUUAGCCUUCUUCUUUUUAUUAAAGCAAAUUUACCCGAGAGAAAAUAUUCUAUGAAACAUUCAAAAGGUGGAAUUUUUUUUUAAUUAUAAAAAUGUGAUUGCAUUAUUUUUGAAAGAUAUUUUUUGGGUUUUUUCAACUUGAAAAAAGUAAAUAAAAGAAAAAAAUGAAAUACAAUUGAAAUUAGAAAAAAAAGAAUAAAAUUGAUAAUUACAUAUAUAUGUAAAUUGUUUUUGUAAUACUGUGACUAAAGCGCAGCCAAAAUCCAGUUUAAAAGAUGAAUUAAGUGUAUAUAAUUUGUAGUUAUACACACCACCCCAAUUGCUUUUGAGGAACGAGUGAAUAUGAAAAUUGCAGUUUCCUUUCAUGCUUGACUGUGAAGCUUCCAACUGGUUCCACUCGAUUGGCCAUAACAUUAUGCAAAUCAUGCGUUAUUAAUUACCAGCCAACGACGCUUCUCGCGCCUCAACUAAUCGGUCCUGACACGGGCUGUAUAUCACAUUCGCCAAUCUUUGAUCUUGUUCUUUUAUUUCUUCUCUCAUGGGAUUCAAGAUUUUUAGAAAAUUUAUUCAAUGAUAU